AACUGCGCUCCUGCAGCAUCAGGCAUUAUGACAACCCAGCGAUGGAUUCUGGCAUUCUGUUUUUCACUGGCCUCAGACACUUGCAGGACAUUUGGCAGCGGGAUCGUCCAGCCUUUUAAGGGGGAGAGUUACUAUGUUCGGUCCGACUGCCAGUUCAUACUCAUAAGCUUCACUGUCAACGGGAAGGAAUAUUCUGUCACCAUACGGCGAGGUCACAACGGGCUGUUGGUCCAAGUCGAGAUCAUCAUCAACAAAGUCACGACACUUUUGCAGAAUGGCCACGUUGUGGUGAAGAACAAAAAGUUUGAGCUCAGGGAGAAAACUGGUUUGGGUGACCGCCACCAAUGGAGAAGACAGCGACUAAAGGUAACCCAUCCAUGCAACCGAAAAUACCAGCAUAUCUUUAAAUACGGCAUCUACAGUAGACUGAGGAGCUCGCUGCUUCCUUUUACUGUCACCUGGCACAAUGUACAUGGGGGAAUAAACUCUCUGUGGGUGACAUUGGAGUCGGAACUGAACACCACCACAUCUGGGCUGUGUGGAAAACAAAACAUUGCAGGCCACAGGGACAAGUUGAUCAGAGACAGCAAGCUUCAUGACCACAAAUGUAAAACCAGCAGUCCUGUGUUGCAAAAAAAUGAUAUAUGCCGUCAAUUCUUUCAGGAAAUCAAGGACUGUGUGCAAUACAACAUUUCUCACUAUCAGCGACUCUGUGAAGAGAACAUUUUUGGCUUUGAAAACAACCAGAGCGUCUUCUGUCCUUUCUUCAAAGAAUUUGCAAGCCAGUGUAACCAAACAAGAAUCAACCGAUUUUGGAGACGUUUAACCAAAUGUGCAGAACCGAGGUGUCCAGGAGACCUGAUUUAUAGGGAAAAGGGUCCAGCAGUUAUUCCCAGCUGCUCCAACCCGAAACCUCUACCCUUCUACCAGGAACUCACUGAAAGCUGUGCCUGUCCAGAGGGUAAAGUUUUGAAUAAUGGUGCAAAGGGCUAUCGCUGUAUUCCUUGGUCCAACUGCUCUUGUGAGUUUGCUGGCAAGAGUUACAGAAACGGAGAAAUACGACGUUCCAAGUGUCACUCAUGUACGUGUCAUGGUGUGGUAUGGCGAUGCUCAGAGAAUUUUUGCCACAGAAGAUGUGUCAUUGAAGUCCCGUUUGUUACAACAUUCGAUGGAAAAAAAUAUGUCCUUCCUUACAAAUGUGCAUAUUUAGCUUCAAAGGGUCCCAGCUGGAGAAUAAGAAUACAUUUUUCGCGAAAAGGACUCUAUCUUAGAAAGGUUGUCGUGCGGCUCCCAGGGGAACUGAUUGUAUUCAGAAAGAACAAGGUUUUGUGGAAUUGGCAGGAGAUCACACAAUUUCAUCAGUUCCAGGAAACUUGUUAUGCUAAGAUUUACUUGUCCACGUCUCAGGUCCACACAUCCGGUUUUUUUCAAAUUCAGCUGUCCCCUGAAAUCCAGCUGUUCAUCGACGCACCUAACCAAUCCAAGUCCGAUGACAAGAUUGAAGGUCUUUGUGGUAAUAGCAACAGGAACACCACAGAUGACUUCACCACCGAAACCGGGUUCUUUCCGAACUCAGUUCAACUAUUUGCUCUCUCCUGGAUUAUGGGGAAUUGUCAAGGGAACAUACCCACUACCUGCACCAAACGUGAAAAUGAGAAUUAUGCUCAUGAAAAGUGUGCAGUGUUACACCAACCAACUGGGAUGUUUGCUAAGUGCCACCCUCAUAUCCCAACUGAUUACUACUACACGGCUUGCAUCCAAAGAAUAUGUAACACUGGCAGAAGUCGGAGAGAGGCCUUGUGUAUUGGUCUGGCCAGCUAUGCCAAAGCCUGCGACGGUCUAGGUGUUGUUAUUGGUGACUGGAGGAGAAACACAGGCUGCAAUCUGAAAUGCCAGAAGAACCAAGAAUUCUCCUACAACAUGCAUACCUGCAACCGCACAUGCACUUCUCUGUCCGGCCAUGACAUUCGCUGUGAUAUGGACGACGAUCCUGUGGAGGGCUGUGGCUGUCCGGAGGGAACUUACCUGAACCAAGGACAGACCUGUUCCCCAAAAAAGGAGUGUGCUUGUACUUACUACGGUGGGAUUGCAGACCCGGGGCCUGUUGUUAUCUCAAGACAAAAGUGCAACUGCGAGAAUGGGGUACUGAGCUGUUUACCGGAUUGUGAUUGCAAAAAUGGGAAGGUGUGUGUCAGUUGCUCUGAGGGCCCAGUCAACAUAGUUAAGAAGACCUGUGACCAUAUCGGGAAACCACUGGAUACCAGUGAGACCUGUGAGAGUGGCUGUUACUGUCCAGAUCACCAGUAUGAGGAUCACUUUGGGAACUGUGUUUCACUCGAUGAAUGCACCUGUGUUUUCAGUGGCAAAGCAUUCAGAACAGGACAGCAAGUCAACAGCAGGUGUAAAACAUGUACCUGUUAUCGUGGUAUGUGGCAAUGCACUGAGAAGCCUUGUCCGGGACAAUGUCAAGUUUACGGAGAUGGACACUACCAGACCUUUGACUCCAAAUGGUACCGCUUUUCUGGACAAUGUCUGUACACACUUGUGCAGGAUUCCUGUGGAAAUAAAAAAGGCACCUUCUCUGUCAGAGUGGAGAGUGUCCCCUGCAAUCAGAAUACGCUCACGUGCUCCCGCAAUAUCAUCCUCAAACUGCAGGUGCAUUUUUUUUACUCUGACUGAAUUUUACAGAGGAGUUUCAGUCACUAAAAGUUUAGUUGUUAAUCAACACGUACAUUGAAUUUUACAACCCGAGUUCUACUUUUUUUAACCUAAAAAGGGCAAAGUCACCCUGACGCUGAGCGACAUGCAGGUGACCAGACGCCUCCAUAAAGGCUGGACUGGGCACGAUGAUUCACUUUACUCAAUACAGACUUCGGGACUUUACAUUGUAAUCUCAGUUCCAAGCAAAGGGAUAACUCUCAUCUGGGACAAACACACCUGGAUCACCGUAGAGCUGGCGGUUUCGUGGAAGGUGAGUGAGUAAAAUCUAGUAAUGUACAUACUAUACAUCACUCUUCACUUUGAUCCUCAGA